UUUUAUUACAUGGUAGCUAAUUUGGCUAAGAACAUUGUCAUAUCCUUACCCAACCAUCAAAACUACAUCAAACAACUGAAAGAAGAAGGAUACAAGAUUAUUGGCUACUCAUGGAAGGCACCUGGGGAACAGCCAAACCAAUUAGCAAAUUUGACAGCCAUGGUGAACAAACUGAAGGAACGAUCUUUAGUAGAUAAAUGCUUUGUAUCAAGAGUUUGCAAUGCUUCUGACGAGCUAGGAGAACGAGACUUGCGUCACACAUCUACUUCGAACCUACCAGGGACCCAAGGAAACAGCCAAGAUAUGAUCGGUCACAUUGCUUCUACCAACAAAAAGAUAUGCUUCGUUGUGAUUGAUUAUGCUGGCUUGAGCACAAAUCAAGAGAAUAUUUAUGAUUUUGUCCAGUAA